GCCUGGGCGGCUCCUUUUGCUGUUUUUCCUUUUCUCUUGAUAGUGGGUCCUCCUACGCUCCGCGAAGAUGCAGCUCAAACCGAUGGAGAUUAACCCCGAGAUGCUGAACAAAGUGCUGGCCCGGCUGGGGGUGGCCGGCCAGUGGCGCUUCGCGGACGUGCUGGGGCUGGAGGAGGAGGCUCUGGGCUCGGUGCCCGCGCCUGCCUGCGCGCUGCUGCUGCUGUUUCCCCUCACGGCCCAGCAUGAGAACUUCAGGAAAAAACAGAUUGAAGAGCUGAAGGGACAAGAAGUCAGUCCUAAGGUGUACUUCAUGAAGCAGACCAUUGGCAACUCCUGUGGCACCAUCGGGCUUAUCCAUGCCGUGGCCAAUAACCAAGACAAACUGGAGUUUGAGGAUGGGUCAGUCCUGAAACAGUUUCUUUCUGAAACGGAGAAGCUGUCCCCUGAAGACCGAGCAAAAUGCUUUGAAAAGAACGAGGCCAUUCAGGCAGCCCAUGAUGCCGUGGCACAGGAAGGCCAAUGUCGGGUAGAUGACAAAGUGAAUUUUCAUUUUAUUCUGUUUAACAACGUGGAUGGCCAUCUCUACGAACUUGAUGGACGAAUGCCUUUCCCGGUAAACCAUGGCACCAGUUCAGAGGACUCCUUGCUGCAGGAUGCCGCCAAGGUCUGCAGAGAAUUCACCGAGCGUGAGCAAGGGGAGGUCCGCUUUUCUGCUGUGGCCCUCUGCAAGGCAGCCUAAUGCCCUGGGGGGAUGUAGCCUUUUCCCACCCCUUUCCCUUAUAUGUGAAACCCACCCUCACCAAUGCAGUCCAGAAUGCUUCAGUACUUGCGGAACACAGCUGUUCUCCUUUGGUUCUGCAGUUACGCUCUUCCCCUCGGCCACACCCAAGCACUAGCAGAGCUCAGCUGUCGAUCGAGCAGUUUGGUAUAAGCUUCAGAUGGUGAAGCAUUCCCCUCCCCCCCAUGUAUGUAUUGUACCUCAAUAGCUAAUGCUUUAAAUGGCUACUACUUUGGUUUGCGUCUGUAAGUUAAGGCCUUGGAUGUGGUUUGUUUGUCCUUAAAAGAAAUAAAACUUUUCUGCUGAUUAAGAGAUGAGCCUCAA